AAAUGAGAAAGGUACAUAUUUGAACUAUUAUUUAUAUGAUUAGUAAUACCUUGAUGAAAUUAGAUAAAAGAAACUUGAAGAAUAUUCAUAAAGAGCCAAUAUGUCCAAAAUGGAGAGAAUAAAAAGAAGCUAAAACGUUGAAAACUGUAAGAUAUAGAUGUAUUUGAUAGAGAAAUAAUUAUAUUCUGAAACUCAUUCUUUCUUAAAUAAAGAAUAUAAAACGAAUUUAUCUCAAGCAAAAUUAUAAACUUGGAAUGAAAUCUAUGGGACUAAUUGCAAAUCUCACAAACAAAUAAGAUAGGCUCAUCUUUAACAUUAAUAGGAUAAAAUCAUCUAAUUAUAAAUGGUAUUAUGAAUAUUAAUUUUAGAAAUAAUAAGAAGGAUCAUAUAAUUAUAAACAGAAGAUUAUAAAAGAGGCUUUGUAAUUUAAAGAAAGACAAAUGAGAGUCACAGAAUUAGAAGAGGCAGAAGAACAAUAUUUGAUGAAACUAAAAGUCACUCAAAGUAAGAACCGAUCUAUGAGUGCUAAAAAAGAAGAGAUAAAGAGAAUACCUGCGGAGAAAAUAACAAUUAGCAAAAAUAAUCUCUUUAGAAUAAAUUGA